ACUAUUUCGAAAUCAAGAGUAUUUGUGCAUUCACAUAUGGUAUACAUGUACCUGCACUGAAUCUGCCAAAAUCAAAUGUUUCAGCAUGCCAUGACCUACCAGUAAGGCACACAUACUGUACACGUACAGUGUUUGUUAUGUUUCUGAACAGAAACUGGUUUCUUCUCUUCAUUUUGAUUCCAUCUAAAAUCAGCCAUUAGCUUUUGACAGAUGUACACGUAGGAGGAUUAUACUGUAGCGAAUGAGUUGGCGUGUGUUGUGCAUUUGAGUGAAAUCAUUGUACACCUGUUCAGAGUACAUUGAUACAUUUUUUAGGUUCACCUUCUACCGGAUUGACACUUAUUGAGUUGCGAGAUGGAAGACUUGAGACUGUGUCCGUUAUGAUCCAAGCAUCUCCUUGGAAGAGAACCUCAACCUCCUGAUAAUCUGACCACUUCUUGCUGUUGUACAAGUGAGCACGUCUUACUUCCAACGAGCGAGAUACAUGGUCCAGUAUUCAGGAAUGGCUGACAAGACUUCCCCACAUCGGAAGGAGAAGCAGGGAGGAGUGAAGUCUCCGAUGGCAACCAAAGGAGAUGGGGGGAAGACCCUGAAACGUAAACUCUUCACUGGUAUCAAUGGGGAAGGGGCAGAAGACAAAAAACCUCCCAAGCCAACGCCCAAGCGUAAGAAGCCCACAUCUCAGCCGGGUAGCCCAACUCUCUUAGGCACUCCAGGACGAUCCAUCCCCCUGUCUGAGAGGCAACAGUUGGCUCUGCUCAUGCAAAUGACUGCAAAUGAAGAGAAUAAUAGCCCAGUCAUUAAUCAUCCGGCACCCAAACCCAUCAUGACCCCGGGAGCAGUGGGUGGAGUCAAGAAUAAGGCUAACAAACGCAAUGAACGAGGGGAGGCACCACUUCAUCUAGCCUGUAUCCGAGGUGACGUCCAGGCCACCAAGAAUCUGAUCAAACAAGGAGCAGAGGUCAAUGUUCAAGACUUUGCAGGUUGGACACCUCUUCAUGAAGCCUGUAACCAUGGCUACUAUGAGAUUGUCAAGCUACUUCUUAAGGCUGGUGCAUUUGUUAACACACAAGGCUUGGAAGAUGACACACCAUUACAUGAUGCCGCUGUCAAUGGCCAUGUCAAGGUGGUAGAUUUACUGCUGAAGCAUGGAGCUAACCCUCUGCAGGUCAACAAGCGAGGCAAGGCUCCCAUUGACUUGGCUUGUAAUGCAGAGAUCCGUAGCUUGAUGAAGAAUGAGAUUAUCGAGACUAGUAGUGACACCUCCCUGGCAGAAGCACGGCCGCCGACAUCCCCAGAGAGUGUGGAUUCUGUGGAGGAUCAUGACCUGAGAAAUGGUGAUGCUAGACCGGAUCCAUAUGAGUUUGAUCAUCAGGAUCAGAGUCCCAAUGAGCAGAAGAUAACUAUUCACUGGGCGUCACCUGACAAGUCUGGCAAAGGGACUAUCAUGGAAAUAACCCGAACAAUCCCUAAAUUGAAUGACCGAGCCACUCCAAACUCCAUGACUUCAACCACUACAUCAGACAGUGAUUUGUUUGAUCCUCUUCUAAAUUCAAAAUCUUUGAAUAAUUCUGCUGCUAAUAUAACCAUGGUAAAACAGCAGCAGCAGCAACAUCUACCCCAGCAACAACAGCAGCAACAACAGCCUGUACGCGUUGUUGUUACUGAGUGUCGGAACUCACAUCAAGAGUUGAAGUCACCCACAGAGGUGUGUAACAACACGUCACGUUCCUCACCCAAGGAAUCCAACACCGUUCCAAUGUGUGAUAUGGGAGUGCCCAGAGUUGCUGGAGCAAAAGAGGACUCAGACAGCAGUCUGAGUGAUUUGAACUUACUCAUGUCGGAUGACUCCAAUGCAGGAACCGAGACCAAAGGGAAUUCUAGUAAAGCAGACAGCACUACUGCAGAAUCUAAUCCCUCCUCAUUCAUAUGGAACACCAGCAAUGGAAGAACUUUACCGCAAUCGAAUUUCGUUAGUAACGCCAUGGUUCCUACGAUAGAUUCUAGCGCCCAGCAGCAUGUCAACACAGGCAGUAUAUCGGGCUCCAUUUUCCCAGAGAACUCUUCCAACAAGCAGGAUACCUCGCUAGUCAAUUUGAAUUUGAACAGUAAAGCCUCGUCUUCAAUGAAUUCCCUGGCUUCGUUCAGUACUUCAUCUCUCUCAUUGUUGCCUGGAAUGUCUGUCCAGCAAGCCCAGACCCACAAAGCACCAGACACGGCCUCAGAGUCAGUUGAUUCACAACAACACACGCAAAUGGUUUCAAGUAAUGUUGUGGGGCAGGAUUCACCUGUGCAGUCAUCGCAGUCUACUCACCAAUCACGAUCUUUACCAGCUACCUCCGCCACUCUGACCAGUACCAAUCACGAAACAGAACAGCCAGUGGAUAGACCGGUGCCUGGCUGCGCGGAAACUCAGGCAAAUAACGUGUCAGAAUGGAGGACAGAUACCAAACCUGUGAUGCCUGUAGCGGACAGUCGCUUGGAGAGUGAGUCUGAUUCAAGUGUAGAUAGACUUCUACAACCUCAAGCACAACAGCAGCAGCCACAACAGCAACAGCAUGAAAGACGAGAUCGUCCUAAGAGACACAAAGAACGCUCACAUCAAAAAUCACAUCGAAGACAUCAUAGACAUCAAAGUCAAUCUAGUCAGGGAUCCCGUUCAUCUAAGGAUGAACGACACUUCAGUGAGGAAGCCAGCACCUCAUCAAAGUCCCCAUCACCUGAGGUGAAAUCUGUGGAGAAUGGAAGGAUGGAACUCGGGGAGAAUUCCCCCGAUGGGCACAAGUCUGACCCUCAACAGAAACCCUCUCCGUUUCCUGUGGCAAGGGAGUAUUACAUUGUCUCACAACCGUCCUCUGCUGAUAACGCUGGAGAAAUUAAAGCACUGUUGCUCAGACCAAGGGAUCCAAGUACAGUCUCGCAGACACGGCCCAAAGAAGCCACCACCUCUCCUACAUCAGUUUCUUCCACAAGUGCCUCUCUGCCCUCAGAAACCAAUCAAAAGCCAGUUGAGCAAGACCCAACGACCUCCAGUGGAAACACGGACUCAGUUGCUGCCUCAUCUAGCACGGACACAACCAACCGCAAAAGUCCUGUCUUACGAGAUUUAGAAAGGCGGAGAUCACCAGCUAGGGGAAGCCCAGAUGUGACAUCAUCAGUGUCUACGUCAAACCACACCAGUCAAUCAGGGAAAGGAUCUCCAAAGACUCAAGAACAGCCAGCUGUGCCGGAGAAAGCUCAACCUCCAAAACCCACACGGACGCUAAGAUCAAACUCAGGAAUGGUGAACUCCAACACCAACCACAACAACAGUGAGACCAACAGUAAUGAAAAGGAGGUGGUAAUCACCACACCUAUGACCAGGAGCCGACGCAUGCAAGCAGCCGAGUCAGCUUCCUCCACAUCCACACCAGAACCAAGCUUAGAAUCCUCCCAUCCCAGGAAGAGGAAGAUUGCUCGGCACCGUCAGCAGCAACAGACUAAUGGGGAAUGCUCGUCAAACAUGGAAGACAGACGUCAGACACCGCCAGCUCCUAUGGAAAGAGUCAAUGCCAUGGAGAUGUUUCUCAACAUCCGACAGAGGAUUGAGGCACGGCAACGAAGGAUGAUAGCUAAUGUACAACCAAAGCAACCUACAGGCUACAGUGAGUAUCUCAUGCUUCGCAAGACGUACCUGCUGGCGAGUGACCCUGAUACCAAGAUCAAUGUGGCCAUCCCAAAUAUGGAGGCACCACCUGAGCUUCAUAGUGACUCUGUCAAACAGUUUAUUGAGCAGGAGAAAAAGAGACAUGAUUUAAGAUGUCGGCAUUGCAUUGAAAGGGAGAAGUUAAUGUUAGCCGCUGAACAGGACAUUAUAAGAGUAUAUGCCCGAGCAGCGAGAGCUUCAGCCAAUCAGAGCACUCCAUUUAGCGUCUGUACUGUCUUGAAGAACCAGGAAGUUUACAACAUGCCUGAUCCUGUGCCGCAUGAAGAUAACAAAGGAAGCAUUCGACAGCGUUACAAUGGAAGACAGUUACUGUCUUGGCUACAGGAUGUCGAUGACAAGUAUGAGAAGAUUAAGGAGGAUCUUCUUCAGCGGCAUCAACACGAGGCAGCAUCACUCUAUGCCAUUCAAAAACUGGAAUGGGAACUGAAGCUACAAGAGUUAAAACUUUGGGAUCCUAAGAACCCUCCUCAGGUACCCUCCUGUCAUGUACCCAUGGUGGAGGUCGACAGAGACUUAGAUCUACUCCCAGCAUAACGGUGAAGAUGGGAUGGGUUCUGGAAGCCAUUUGAAGAUAUCAGGAGUGUGCUGUAGGAACGGUUGUAUCAUUUCUUGUGUCUAGUGACUGCUGGUGACUCCAGGCCAAGGUUUGGGAUGGGAAUGGGCGGAGUCAGUAACAAGGAGGAGGAGACCUUGCAGUGGAUGAGUAGUCACUACAGAGUCCUUCAAGGAAUCUUGGCUCAUGUGGACACAGUAGGCACAAUAGCCUAAGAUACUGGUUGUUUUGAGAUGGACGUGGGCUCGUUGAAAGUUAAAGGAGAAUUGUUGUACGGUCAAACAUAUACUGAAGAUUCUGAGAAUAUGACCAAGAUUGACCAGUUGUCAGACUAGGAGAUUUUACCAGUUUGUGGGGUUCAUCAAAUUUAAAAAGAUUUGGAAGAGUUGUGGUGUUGGGGACAAGACUUAAGGAAAAGCAGCUUAAGGAGAACCUAACUAUUAGCAAGUUUCCUUAAAAAGUGAUACUUUUGUGGUGGACAUGUAGAUGUCUUUUGGUGUAGUUUAUUGAUUUUUUUUUUGUCUGAAGGGAUGAGGAAAAAAACAGCUAUUGGAAGAAAAUAUUGAUAAAAAGUUGUUUUUAUCAGAGUCAUACAAUGUACAUAAAGUAUACAUAUAUAUACAUGUAUAUAUCAAACCUGUGUCUGUAAUUACAUAUUGAAAAAUUCACACAUGUAUAGAGAGUUACUCUUUAACACAAAUUGAUUGAUUUUUUUUUACAAAUCAAGAAUCUGUUUCUGAUGAAGAUUUGUUUCAAAUUAAUGGGGAAAGUGAGCAACGGACAGAAGUGUCCCAGGUUGCUUUUGCUCACUUUUUAAAGUGACUGAAUCAAGUUUGAUGGUUGCAUUCUAAUAUUGUUGACCAGAAGCUUCAGUAGCUUUUUGAAUAGGGAAAGAAUCUAUUCAAGAGUUGCAAUUUGUGUUUUUGACAUAACUGAAAGCUUUUGUUGAAUAUGAGGAUCCUUUUCUGGCAAAGAUUUGUUUUUCAUUUUGCUAUCUUUUUUGGUUUGAUGUUGUCACAGUUUGGUGUUAAACUGCUUUUAAUGAAACAGACGUGGCCAGUUGGUUUAUAGAAUUUAACAAACGACCAUUUUGAAAAUAUCAGGAUUAGGUUGAGUAACUAGUUAUAUGGUAACUAGUCUGUUCCAAUUUGGCUAAAUUGGCUAGUUAUUUUUAAGACCAGACAGUCCAUUGGUUUCUUGUUCCACUGUAGAUACUGUUGUAGUCAACACAAUUUCUGUACAAGGCUCACUAAAAUAAGACUAAGUCCUGUCAACUAGCACAGUAAGAUAAUCUGGUGAAAGCUGCGGCAAUCAAAUUGCUUAGGAUUCUUUUACACAUAUCCCUCUUCCCUAGAACAAUUACUUUCCCAGACUCUUUGGGAACCACCUGUUUUGUUGCAUGAAAUGAUUACAUGUUAUAUUUUAGACAACCACUCAAUGUCAAAAAGGCUGGAGGUAGUGAAGUUUUGGACAGUUGACCACCAUUCUUUUGGACUCACUGUUUGAUAUCUAGUAUUACUGUUUUGGGAACAAAGGAUGCAAGUUGUCAUGUACUUACUUGGUAUAGAGACUGCCUGUUUUAUUCAAAGAAUAUAAAGAUGUCUCUUUUUUCCUUGGGCAAUGUUAAGAAAAAUUAUAUAAUGAGACCCCUGUGAAAUCCUGAAUCCGAUAUCGGUAAAAUGAACGAAUUAAGGUCUUCAAUUACUUGAUGUCAAAAGUUGGGACCUUGCCCCCCAUAGCUAGUGAUUCAGCUUCUAUUAAAAAGCCUAAUUAAGUGGUAUGUGAUGUGAUUUGGUUUAUUGGUGAUGUCUUUGUGUGUGUUGUUAAGAGUUUGAAAGUGUUGAGUUGACUUAACAUCUACUGUUUUACAGCCUUCAGUCGAGGCGCUCGUGGCACCCGGAUGCCAGUACAGUGGCAACAUGAAAACGACCAAUGGGAGUGGCAAAGCCAUGAAUGCCUUUACUAUCUCGUGGAGAAGGCUUGUGUUUUUCUUUACAUUUCUCUGUUUGGUAGAGAAAUUCUCAUGCAUCAUGCAUUGCCUGUUUUGGAUAUUGGCCAGUAAGAAUUACAUCCGCUUAAACUAUUUGACGUCACAUGCUCACAGGGAAGGCACUGGGGAACUUUGAUCAAUAUCUUUCAUUGGAUCAUUGGGUCAACACUCCAAUGCAUGCACGGAAUGCUGAUAGCCAAUCGUCAUGGAACAGUGGUGGGCCCUGAAAUACAGUGAAGAGACGGCGUUUGAAUUGUUUGUAAUCACCUCGCAUGCUGCAGUGCAUAUACCUUGAAUGAAUAAAUACUAAUUAGCCCCACAAGAUAGUAAAGGCAUUUAUGGCUUCACCAGUCAUACUGAUCUUGUUGGUAGUACCAGCUGAGCAUUCAGGGUGCCACACCUGCCUUGACUAAAUGGCCAACCGUAUUCCUGUGUGGUGUCAUAUUCAAAUAUUCACUUGUGGCUGCUAACGAAUCAACAAUAUUUUGUUUUAUGCAUGCAAUUACUUACAUGUCAAGCCAUUCCCUUUCAUAUAUCAAAUGAGAAAUACGAAUGUUUUAACAAAAUUAUGAAUGCUCCCCACAGCGAUUGAAGAAAAGUUCUCGUUGAAAAUUUGCAGAUAAUAACAGAAACUUCAGUUGUGCCUUUGGUUAAUACAUGAGUGCAUUUCCUUCACCACGACAUGUAUUGGACAGAGUUAGUGCUUGUGUUACAUUUCUUUUCCCGUGUGCAAUUAUACUUAUUUACUGUUUAGAUGGUUGCAUUUUGGUUUCCUUACAGUACAUUUAUUUGUCAGGAUAUUGCUCUAUCUCUGUGAUCCAUUGUUCUUAUUGCAAUUGGUUUUUGUUGUGUUAUUGGUUAUCGCAAAACUGAGUGGGGAAAAACAGAAAUGAAAACAUUGGAUGGAUAGAAUCUGUUGCACACAAUCUGGAUGUUUCAUCGUUGAAAUUCACCCAAAAAUGUACUGUUGUCAGGUGGUGUGAUCAAAAAAUUUAUUGUACAAAAAAGUGAAGCCCAAUGCUUGAACUGCCAAGAUGUAUAGAAUUAAAGAGCGAAUUAACAUCCAAGAUAAAA